AUGGAUUACGUGCCCGUAAUGAACAAGCUCAUAAAGAAAGUGGUAAGGAAAUUCUAUGAGCCACAUCACGUAGUUAUAACCGACAUUCUACUUAAGAAGAUCCUUCUCUAUGACACCGAGCUUUGUGAAAGAAUGAAGAUGCUUUCAAAGGAGGUCAAUCGAUUGGUCAUUAGGCUGAAAGAGGAUAAGAUAAUUAAGUACGAAACAAAGGUGGAAAACAAAGAGGACAAUGGGCAAAUUCUACGCACUGUAUAUUACAUCAACUAUGCUGAGGUUCGAGAUGUUAUAAAGUACAAGAUAUUCAAGAUGACAAAGAAUCUAGAGAAUAGCAUAAAGAUGGCGCAAACAGAAGGAUAUAUGUGCAUGGAAUGUGGAAAGGAGUAUAGUUCUUUAGAUGCACAAAGUCUUAUGGAAAACUAUGUGUUCAAAUGUGAGGACUGCAAAGGAGAUCUUGUGGAAAACAAGAAGGAUAGAAGCGCUGACUGUAUGAUGUAUUCAAACCUGAUGUCUGAGCUGGAUGACAUUGUUCUCCUGCUGAAAGAGACAGACAAGUUCAGUAUUCCAUCCAUGGACUAUUUCCAAGUUCUUCAAAUGAAGAAGGAAAAGGAGGAUAAGCAGAUGCCGGCCCCAAAAGAAGAAGAGGCUUCGUCGAUAGCCUUUCCGACAGUGGAGGAGUUUGAUGUGGGAAAGGGUUAUGUUACUGAUGAUGGGAGCGAUCGUAGGAAAGAUAUAAAGAUAGAUGAGUAUGUAACCGUAAACGGAGCCAAGAAGUUAUUCUCAGACAUUACCGAAGAAGACAAAGAAAUGAUGAACGAGACUGAAUAUGAAGAGUAUUAUGAAAUCUAUUCCAGAUAUCAUGAGGACCUAGAGAGUUAG